AUGGCUCCCAUUCCUCAGUCAAAUAUUACUUCCCUAUUAGACCAGUCGGCCUUGUCGUCGGCUGGCAUCGUUGCUUAUCCUGAGGGCGAUCGGUGUCCCCCCACGUACCUGAGCUAUGCCCAGCUUCGUGACCGGGUCUCGCACAAGGCAGAGUGGCUGCGUCGUGUUGAUGGUUUUCGCCCCAAUGCGGUCACUUUGGUCCACUUUCGGACUCAUUUGGACAAUAUCACUUGGUUCUGGGCAAGCAUUCUGGCAGGGAGUGUACCCGCCCUGUCGCCGCCUCUCGUCAACACCAGCGAGGGACGUCGCGCCCAUUUCAAACAUUUACACCAAUUACUUGAGGAUCCACUCGUUCUGACUCACCAGACACUGGCAACCAGUGACUUUGGGGAGAACGAACUUCUGCGCGUGGUCACGAUAGACGAAUCCGAGAAGCCAGUGUCUAAUGGCGUCGCUUUGGAUACAGUGGAUACUCCGAAUGGUAUCGCAAAUGGCCAUCAUAGCAACGGUAGUGACGAGUCGACCAACAGCCACACCAAUGGAUAUGCUAAUGGCCAUUCCAAUGGCUCUUCGAAUGGCCACUCAAAUGGUUCUUCAAACGGCCACUCAAACGGUGUCACUGAUUCCAAAGUUAACAGUCACACGAAUGGAGUGACUAAUGAGAGUGUGGAUGGGUAUGCCGCUGGAUAUGCCAGCGGGUACGCCAGCGGAUAUGCCAAAGGAUAUGCUGAUGGACAAGGCAAUCGCGAGAGCAAUCGCGAUACCCACGGUCACACCAAUAGCAAAGUCCUUGCCAACGGUGGAAGUGCUGUCUCCAACGGCGCACACAACAGCAAGCUCGACGGGGUGGCCGUUCUCAUGUUGACGUCCGGCAGUUCCGGCAACUCCAAGGCCGUUUGCCUUUCCCAUGAGCAGAUAUUCGCCUCGAUCCGAGGCAAGCUGGCAGCCAUGCCAGUAACCGAAGGCAGUGCAGUCCUGAACUGGAUUGGGCUGGAUCACGUCGCCAGUCUAAUGGAGACUCACUUGCUCUCCAUGUACGCAGGUGUAGACCAAAUCCAGAUUCAAGCGGUUGAGGUUCUCAGUAACCCAUUGCUGUUCUUGCGUCUUUUGUCUCAGCAUGCCGUAUCCAUGACCUUCUCCCCGGACUUCUUCCUCAAGAAGUUGUUGGCUGCUUUAGACUCGGCUUCGGAAGAAGACAAGGCUGGCAUUGACCUUAGUCACCUGCUCUAUCUGGUUUCAGGAGGGGAGCCCAACAAUGUCAACACCGGUAUCCGAGUGACGGAAUAUCUGCGCAAGUUGGGAGUGGUACCCAAGAACCUAAUCACCCCUGGCUUCGGUAUGACUGAGAUUUGCGCCGGUGCCAUUUAUAACCGGGCUUUCCCCGAGGUUGAUAUCCAGGCACGACGCGAUGCCGGUGCCCUGGGUAAAUGCAUCCCCGGCAUUGAGAUGCGGAUCUCGCGCGCACCUCAAGACGAACCCGCUCCAAAUCCAUCAAACAGCGCUGCCAGUGACGCAGGUAUGCUUGAGGUGCGUGGACCCGUGGUGUUCUCGCGCUAUUUCAACAACGAGGAGGCAACGCGAGGUUCUUUCACCGAAGAUGGGUGGUUCCAGACUGGAGAUCUUGGUACCAUCGACGAAGAGGGCAACCUGAAGCUUGCCGGGCGACUCAAGGAACUAAUCAACAUCAACUCGGUCAAGUACUUGCCUCAUGAGAUCGAGGGGGCCAUCAACCAAGAGCGCAUUCCCGGCGUUACGCCGUCGUUCGUGGUUUGUUUCUCGCACCGGCCGACUGAGGGUAGUGCUGAACAGGUCUACGUCGUGUAUCAGCAUGAGUAUGCUUCGGACGAUACCGAAGCCCGCAUGUCCACGCUCCAUGCUCUCAUUCGAACCGUGCUGCUGUUCACUUCCGCUCGACCGCGCGUACUCCCUCUUCCCCCUGGCCGACUGGAAAAGACCACGCUUGGUAAACUGGCGCGUUCGAAGAUUCACAACGCUAUGGUCCAAGGCAAAUACGCCGAUCAGGAGGAGCUCAACGAAAGCAUCCUCCAGUCCUACCGCGACGCGCAUUUCUCGGCGCCGCGUGAUGACAUGGAGCAUAGGCUGAUGGCUGUAUUCAAGGAAACUCUUGGGCUAGAGGACAUGGAAAUGGGCAUCGACAUGCCCAUCCUCGACACGGGUAUCAGCUCGGUCGACUUGAUCCGACUCAAGCGUGCCGCCGAAACCAACUUCGGCAUUGCAGAAAUUCCCAUGAUGACCAUCAUGACAAACACGACGAUUCGCUCCUUGGCAGCCGCGCUCCAGGAUUUUAAGACCUCCGCACAAGUAGGCGAGUAUCAGGCCGUUGUCACCCUGCAGCCUCACGGCAUUAAGACACCGCUAUGGCUUUUCCAUCCGGGUAUUGGUGAAAUCUUGGUUUUCCUGGCGCUAGCGCAGCAUUUCCCUGAUCGGCCCGUGUAUGCUAUGCGGCCGCGUGGGUUCAAUCCAGGCGAGGAACCGUUCCAGAACUUGGACGACCUUAUGACAACGUACUAUACUGCUUUGAGGAAGCAGCAGCCCAAGGGUCCCUAUGCGAUGGCGGGGUACUCCUACGGCAGUGUGUUGGCUUUUGAAAUUGCCAAGAAACUCGAGGCCGACGGAGAGGAAGUGAAGUUCCUAGGCAGCUUCAACCUGCCUCCCCAUAUCAAGCAGCGCAUGCGUCAGCUGGAUUGGUCUGCGGGUCUGUCGCAGAUCUCACACUUCUGCGACAUCAUCAGUGAGGAUCGCUCCCGAGAAAUGGUUUCUGAGCUACGGCCCUUGCCGAAAUCCGAGCAAAUCGCCCGCGUGUUGGCCGAGGCCGAUCCUGUGCGAACCGCAGCGCUGGGUCUCUCCCAGGCUUCGCUCCAUACCUGGGUGAAUGUCUCUUUUUCCCUGCAGAAGAUUGGCUGGGAAUAUGAUCCUUCCGGCACUGUAUCCCACAUCGAUGUCUUCUUCUGUGAUCCGCUACGCGACGUCGCCAGCUCGCGACAUGAGUACCGUUACACCAAGCUGAACCAUUGGGCAGACUUUGUCCGGAACGAUCUCCAAUUCCACGAGGUCGACGGCGCGCAUUAUACGAUGAUCAUGCCGGAGAACGUGCCGAAGUUCCAACAGACGUUGAAGAAUGUACUUGCGGCAAGGGGGCUGUAG